AUGGGAGGCCUUCCUGUAACAGGCACAUGGAGCUGUGGAAGUGAAGCUGCAACUGGUACAGGAAGCCCUCCUGUAACAAGAACAGGGUGCUCUGGUAUUCAUGCUGUAACUGGUACAGGAAGCUGUCCAGUAACUGGCACAGUGUGCUCUGGAAGUGAUGCCAUAACUGAAACAGGAAGACCUUCUCUAACUGGCACAGUGUGCUGUGGUAGUGAUGCUAAAACUGGUACAGGAAGACCUCCUGUAACAGGCACAGGGAGUUCUGGAAGUGAUACUGUAGCUGGUAUAGGAAGCCCUCCUCUAACAGGCACAGGAUGCUCUGGUAGUGAUGUUGUGAUUAGAACAGAAAGACCUUCUAUAACAGGCACAGGGUGCGCUGGAGAUGAUGCUGUAACUAGUACAGGAAGGCCUCCUCUAACUGGCACAGGGAGCUCUGGAAGUGAUGCUGUAACUGGUACAGGAAGCCCCCAUGUAACAGGCAAGGAGAGCUAUGGAAGUUAUUCUGUAACUGGUACAGGAAAACCUCCUGUAACUAGCACAAUGUGCUCAGGUAGUGAUGCUGUAACUAGUACAGGAAGCCCUCAUGUAACUGGCACAGAGAGCGUUGAAAGUCAUGCUGUAACUGGUACAGUAAGCCCUCCCAAAACGGGCACAGUGUGCAAUGGAAGUGAUGCCAUAACUGGUACAGGAAGCCCCCCCAUAUCUGGUGCAGUGAGGUCUGGGGGUGAUGCUGUAAGUGAUACAGGAGGCCCUCCUGUAACAGGCCCAGGGUGCUCUAGAAGUGAUGCUGCACAAGAAGCUCCAGAGAUGAUGGAUGCUGUAACUAGUAGAGGAAGCCCUUCUGUAACAGGCACAGGGUGCGCUGGAGAUGAUGUUGUAACGGGUACUGGAAGCCCUACUGUAACAGGCACAGGGAGCUCUGGUAGUGAUGCUGUAAAUAGUACAGGAAGGCCUUCUGUAAUAGGCAGAGUGUUUUCUGGUAGUGAUGCUGUAACUGGUAAAGGAAGCCCUCCUGUAACAAGUACAGGGAGCUCUUGCAGUGAUGCUGUAACUAGUACAGGAAGCACUUUUGUAAAUGGCAUAGGGUGCUCUGGAAAUGAUGCUGUAACUAGUACAGGAAUCCCUCCUGUAACAGGAAAAGGGAGCCCUGGUAGUAAUGAUGUAACUAGUACAGGAAGCCCUCAUGUAGCUGGCACAGGGAGCUAUGGAAGAGAUGCUGUAACUGGUACAAGAAGCCCUCCUUCAAAAAGCACAGGGUGCACUGAUAGUGAUGUUGUAAUUGGUACAGGAAGCCCUCCGGUAACUGGCACAGUGUGCUCUGGAAGUGAUACCAUAACUGAUACAGGAAGCCCUCCUGUAACUGGCACACGGAACUCUGGUAGUGAUGCUGCAACUAGCACAGUGUGCUCUGGUAGGGAUGCUGUAACUGGUACAGGAAGCCCUUCGGUAACAGGCACAGUGUGCUCUGGUAGGGAUGCUGUAACUGGUACAGGAAGCCCUUCUGUAACAGGCACAGUGUGCUCUGGUAGGGAUGCUGUAAUUGGUACAGGAAGCCCUCCUGUAAAAGGCACAGAGAGAUCUGGAAGUAAUGAUGUAACUGGUACAGGAAGCCCUUCUGUAACAGGUACAGUGUGCUCUGGUAGGGAUGCUGUAACUGGUACAGGAAGCCCUUCUGUAACAGGCACAGUGUGCUCUGGUAGGGAUGCUGUAACUGGUACAGGAAGCCCUCCUGUAAAAGGCACACAGAGAUCAGGAAGUAAUGCUGUAACUGGUACAGGAAGCCCUUCUGUAACAGGCACAGUGUGCUCUGGUAGUGAUGCUGUAACUGGUACAGGAAGCCCUUCUGUAACAGGCACAGUGCGCUCUGGUAGGGAUGCUGUAACUGGUACAGGAAGCCCUUAUGUAACAGGCACAGGGUGCACUGAUAGUGAUGUUGUAACUGGUACAGGAAGCCCUCUGGUAACUGGCACAGUGUGCUCUGGAAGUGAUACCAUAACUGAUACAGGAAGCCCUGUAACUGGCACAGAGAGAUCUGGAAGUAAUGUUGUAACUGGUACAGGAAGCCCUCCUGUAACAGGCACAGGGAGCUCUGGUAGUGAUGCUGUAAAUAGCACAGGAAGGCCUUCUGUAACAGGCACAGUGUUUUCUGGUAGUGAUGCUGUAACUGGUACAGGAAGCCCUCCUGUAACAGGCACAGGGAGCUCUGGUAGUGAUGCUCUAAAUAGUACAGGAAGGCCUUCUGUAACAGGCACAUCGUUUUCUGGCAGUGAUGCUGUAACUGGUACAGGAAGCCCUCCUGUAACAGGCACAGGGAGCUCUGGUAGUGAUGCUGUAAUUAGUACAGGAAGCCCUUCUGUAAAUGACAUAGUGUGCUCUGGAAAUGAUGUUGUAAUUAGUACAGGAAGCCCUCCUGUAACAGGAAAAGGGAGCCCUGGUAGUAAUGCGGUAACUAGUACAGGAAGCCCUCAUGUAGCUGGCACAGGGAGCUAUGGAAGCAAUGCUGUAACUGGUACAAGAAGUCCUCCUUCAAAAAGCACAGGGUGCACUGAUAGUGAUGUUGUAACUGGUACAGGACGCCCUCCGGUAACUGGCACAAUGUGCUCUGGAAAUGAUACCAUAACUGAUAGAGGAAGCCCUCCUGUAACUGGCACAGGGAGCUCUGGUAGUGAUGCUGUAACUAGUACAGGAAGCCAAUCAUAA